CAGGUUUCUCAGUGUUCGUGGAGGCAAACAGAAGGAGAGGAUUAAAUGAUAUGGAUUCAGCAAUACUGAAGAAAAUCUGCGCCAGUAAAGGAUCACUGAACACCUGUGAUUUGCUGUGUGACCUCGGGUUGAGUGAUCCCACAGAUUUCUUUCAACUUAUUAGUGAUCGAGACAAGUUUGUUUUUUGUUUUCCUGACGGCCAGCAGCUGGUGGUGGCGAGGAUCAACCUGAGAGUAUGCCGAAUCAAAGACUGUCCACGAUGCAGAGGUUUACAUGUUUGUAAAAACUUUCUCUACAGUGGAUCCUGCCACUACGACCGCAGGAGAGGAGGAUGUAGGUUCUCCCACCAGCUGGACUCUGACUACAACAUGGAGAUCCUGAGAGGACACGGCCUUGAGAACCUGACCAGGACAGAGUUGUGCACGCUGCUGCUGCAGAGCGACAAUGCACUCCUGCCAUCUAUUUGUUACGAUUACAACAAUGGCAAUGGGGAGCAUGGCCGAUGUAAAGACGGCAAUGACUGUAAGAGACUCCACAUCUGUGAGAAGUCCCUGCAGGGUGACUGUCACUGCCACAGGAGUCACAAUUUCAAUUGUCAACAGCCGUUAAAAAAUCUGCACGAUAAAGCCGUGCCUGACCACCUCAUCAGCUCUUUGAAGUCGAUUUAUUUCAAUAAACAGGCUUUGAGAGACCAUGACAACAGUGCCAACAAAGGCAACAACAGGGGCGACAAAGGCUACAACAAAGGCAACAAUAGGGGCAACAAAGUCUACAAUAAGGACAAAAAAGGCAACAACUCUCAAAAGCAACAACAAAAUUGUUCUACCAGUGAUGCAGUCACCAAUAAUGGUCCAACCACAACCCAAGAGCAAGACCCCAACAAAAAGCCAAGUGAUGGCAAUUUGGGCAAUAAAGCCAAUGAAGGUGAAGGCAACAGUCAGGAGCUGAAAAGAACCACUUUGACUAAUAACAUCCCUGACACCGUCCGGAAUGCAGAAGUGAACGGCAAAGAUGGACUGGAUACAAAAGCAAAGGAAAAGCCUCAGAGAAACUUGGGGUCUGCCAAAGAUAAAACAGAAAUCUGUUUGUUCUUCGUCAAAGGUACCUGCAAGUACGAAGAACGGUGUUAUAAAGCGCACUACAAGCUGCCGUACAGGUGGGAGUUACAAGAAGGCGAUCAUUGGACGGCCUUACCGAAUAACGAGAGCAUCGAGAAGGACUACUGUAACCCUGAAAACACAUACGGUGUUGGCAGACCAGCUGUAAGUUUUGACACGAUGACCUGUGGUGCGAACAAAGUCCGACGGCUCUCCACACCUUCUUAUGUACUCGAGCCAAAUUUUAUUCUGACCACACAGUGGGUUUGGUACUGGGAGGAUGAGUCUGGAGUAUGGAAUCAAUACGCUGCAACUACCAGUGGACACAAAGCAUCAGACAUUGAUAGCGUCGCACUGGAGCAGAAGUUUGUGAACAAUGACAGCGAUGAGGUGGAGUUCAAGGCCGGCUCACAGACUUAUUCGCUGAGCUUCAAGGACAUGAUACAAGUAAAUAAGCAAUAUGGUACAAAGAAGGUUGUAAGAAGACGACCUCGAUUUGUCUCCACAGAAGAUAUCCAAGCAAAGAGAGUGAGACGGCCACUGGGUCAACCUUCAAAUUUCACCACGAUACCAGCUCACUGGGACAAGUCACACAUCCCUCAGAUUGGAUAUGAGCGAGUUCCCUUGCAACACUUGUCAGCAGAAUAUACGGAGAUCGAAAGCCUUUUCUGUAAAACAAUGAAAGGCUAUGAGAUCACCAAAAUUGAAAGGAUUCAGAACAAAGCACUUUGGGAAAUCUUUCAAUGGCAAAAUUCUCAGAUGAAGAAAUACAACGGUGGGAGAAAUGUGACUGAAAAAAAGCUUUUUCAUGGCACCAACUUUAAAUACGUAGACGCCAUCUGCCACAACAACUUUGACUGGAGAAUCUGUGGACUUAAUGGAACUGCCUUCGGCAGAGGAAGUUACUUUGCCAGGGAUGCCAGAUACUCCCACAACUACACUGGAGAUUCUUCUGCCAGACCCAUGUUCAUUUCACGGGUGCUGGUGGGCAGUUACACCAAGGGGUCCUCCAGCUACACUCGACCUCCAUCCAAGGAUGGUGGUGACACAAACUUCUACGACAGCUGUGUCGAUGAUGUCCAUGAUCCUUCGAUCUUCGUAGUGUUUGAGAAGCAUCAAAUCUACCCAGAGUACCUGCUGCAGUACAAGGACCAGUCCUUUGGUAAUCCAUACGUCAGUGCAGCAACAAGCUCAGCUUCACAGCCCAGUAGACCGGUGCCCCAGCCCAGCAGACCAACCCCCCUGCCCAGCAGACCAGUUUAUCCUGCCAGCAUUCCAAAUUAUCAACCGUCCUUGCGAUUUACCCCAUUUAGCCAAUCUUCAACAUAUCAGCGAAGUUACUCAUCACAGCCAAGCCCAAAGAAAGAGGCUAAUUCCUGUGUUAUUGCCUAGGCUGCAUCCCUGGCUCAACAGUUGGCAUGAUUGUAGGAGCUUUUUAGAGGGUAUCAAAAUUAAAAAAUACUAUUACAAUUCAUGACAGUAAUUAAGACAUGGAACUGAUCAGGUUGAUUCUAGUAUAUUAUACUGCUGCUGGGUUGUGUUUUAUGUAAAUUUAACAUAAAUGCAUAUAUAUGUGACUUUAAUAGUCAAAUUUGGGAGUGACAGCAGACAACUAAAACAAUCAAAAAUGCCUUUGUGUAGUUGUACGCAUUUGCUCAGGAAAUUUGAUAUGGAAUGCCUUUGUGCCACUACAUAGAAUAAUAAUAAAAAUGAGUCAUAGAUGAUGCUGCUGUUCCAUGACUAGCCUAUCAAAACAUACAAAAUUAUGUUUGAACAUCUGAGGAUGUAAGUCAGCUGGAAGAUUUCUAAACAGUUGAUGAUGUACUGAGGUCCCAUUGACCUCCACGGAUGCAUUACAGAUUAGAAUAGUACCAUAUUCCAAUUCCACAUCAUUUGGUAUGCACUGCUGAGUUAGCACUUUGUAGAAAUAAAUGUCCAUGUUACUACAUAUGUAAACACUUGUUAUUUUUAGCUACGCAUCUUGAAGUAGCUUCUGACUGUUGUAACGAUUCUCUCCACCCUCCCUUUGGCCUACAUUAACUUGAACAAGUCAAACUGCCACCAGCAGUCAUGUUGGGCCUCUGAGUGAAAUGAGGCAGGUCAUUUCUGAUGAUCAGUAUAUUGUAGCUGACUGUACUUCCUGUGACUAAAAAAAACAUUUGGCCUGCAGGCCACCCUACACACGAGCAACCCCAUCCUGUUUUUUUUGUCUUUACAUAAACAUAACCAACAUUUUAUUGCUUCUGCUAGAAUAUACCAUACUGUUUUAAAUACGACUGUGUAAUGGUUGUCUUAUAUUCAGGGUUUAGACUUGUAUAAAUCAUAUCCACAGUAGUAGUUGGUGGCAAAUACCUAUGACACCAGUGUGCCUCUCAGGGCUGCAGCAGCCCACCAUGCUUACUUACAGUGCUGCACUAUGGUGAGACACUCUGAUUGUGAAGUCAUCUUAAUCUGAAAAGAGUCCACUUCAAAAGUAGGGUAAGUUGACCAGGAACUGAGGAGAAGUUAUGAUGCAAACUUUAAAUGCAUGGUGAUAAAUGCAUCAGAGUUAUCAAACAACUUUCAAGCAGCCAAGAAAUACAGUGUAGAAAUGUUACAAAAUGGUAAGCCCAAAAAUCUCUUAAAUAUCAUAAGACUAAGAAAAGUUUACCGUGGUACAAAAAUGUGCUUAUAUAUGCAGCACAUUCAAAUAAAAGUACUCGUGCAAAAGAUUUAGUCUUCAGAAAAACUUACAGAGGGUCGUAGGGUCUGUCUUAUAUUUAGAACAAUGCAAAAAAGUUCUAAACCUAAGCAGUUAUUUGUAUUAUCUGCACUAUGUUGAACUACAUUUUCUACAUUUUGACAAUGACCUAAAUACUACACAGUCUGCCUCGGGUCUUUAAUUUGUUAAACCUGUGGGCUUUUUUCAGGCUUUCAUGCAGCUAUUUGUUCUAUAUGUUGUUAGUACAAAUAAUCCAAGAUAUGGUACUUUAUCCUGGGCCCCCGAACCAUCAAAGGCCACAGAAACUGUUUCUUGGAUACAAAGAUUGUGUUUGAAGUGUUGAAUACAAAAUUUGAUUCUGCUUGUUUUGAUUUUAUGUCCUCGCUUUGUGUUUUUAAUUCAUAAAAUAAAGUUUUGUGAUUGCUUGAG